AUGGCGGGCGCGCUGGGCGUGGGGCCGGGGGUGCUGGCGCUGCUCGUGCUCUGGGCCAUGGCGCUGCUGCUCGUGCUGGCGCUGGUGCGCGCCGGCCGCGCCCGGGUCGCCGCGGUGCCGGUGGCGUUCGGAGCCGCCGCGCUCACGGCCGCGCUGCUGCUCUUCCCCCGGGAAGGCGAGAGUCCGGCCCCGGCCGGCGCUGAGGAGAUUGUGGACACCUUCCUCAUUGGCCGCUUCAUCCUGCUGGCUGUGAUGAGCCUGGUCUUCCUCGGGUGCCUGUUCCUGUUCCUCAUUUACCACCUCAUGGAGCCUGUGUAUGCCAAGCCACUCCGCAGCACCUAGAGACAGCAGUCUCUGCCAAGAGGAGAUCCUGAUUUCAUGGGAAUAAAGCAGAAAGAGACAGCAGGGAGCUGUUCUGGAGGUGACCAUGACGUUGUUUCUGAGCUCAGAAAGAGCCAGUGUAGAAAGUGAAGUCUUUGCUUCAUCUUGAAAAGCAAAGUUUGGUCUGAGCAUGAGCCCCUUCCUCCCCAGGGGGUUCAAGCCUCUGCACCUGCAAAGGUGUGUGAACCUCUGAAUCCUGCUCUCAUUUACAGGAGAGCUGAGAUUCAGGCACUUGGUGCUGCUCCUGAUUCAGUGCAUUGAACUGAACUGAGAUGUUUUUUUAUUGUUACCCACAAGAGAUGGUUUGUUACUGCUCCUUUUUCACUGUGGUUUAAUAAAACUUUUUGAGAAAUCCCC